GGAUGAAGAAGUCACCUCCCGGGACGCUUUGGCAAUCCCGAGUGAGGCAUGUGUUCGUUUUAGAGUGUCCGUUCUUUUUUCGGUCUCUUUACCACGGUGAUUAAGCGUGUCGAUCAACAUGUGGAAACUACUUUUGACGGCCACUUUAGUGGCUGCACUCUCUACAUGGCAUGUAGAAGCAAACCAUGGAAGAAGUAAACGCGCGAUAGAAAAUAGCGCCCAAUUCCAGGGCUACGUCUAUGAACCACCAUCUAAGCCUUUCACUUUACCUCCUUCAGGUUCACGGACAAGCAUAGCAACCGUACCACCAUUCACCACGGAAUAUGUAUAUACAACUCCAAAGAUUACUGUGACUGUACCGCCUAGGACACCACCAUCGCCACCAAAAACACCACCUCCUCCAGUAACGAGUGGAUAUACUUAUACAACUCCCAGAAUACCAUUUACGACGCCGUCUACAACACCGCCGCCGAUCAGAACAACACCACCGCCAAUCAGAACAACACCGCCGCCGAUCAAAACACCACCACCUCCUCCAAAAACAACUGGAUAUCCUUAUACAACUCCCAGAAUACCAUUUACGACGCCGCCGAUCAGAACACCACCGCCGAUCAGAACAACACCACCACCGAUUAGAACAACACCGCCGCCAAUCAGAACACCACCCUCACCACCAAGAACUACACAAAGAAUACCAUUUCCUUUAACAAGUGAAGGAUAUGUUUAUUCAACUCCAGGCACAGAGUUUACACUACCACCAAGAACACCUCCUCCAUCACCUCCAACCAGACCACCUUAUAUACCACCAUCACCGCCGCCUACACCUCCAACAAGACCACCUUACAUACCACCAUCACAGCCGCCUACACCUCCAACCAGACCACCUUACAUACCACCAUCACCGCCCCCUACACCUCCAACUAGGCCACCUUAUAUACCACCAUCACCGCCACCUACACCUCCAACUAGGCCACCUUACAUACCACCAUCACCGCCUCCUACACCUCCAACUAGGCCACCUUAUCCACCAACUAGACCUCCACCACCACCCACUAGGCCUCCUACAUAUGCACCUCCACCAACUAGACCUCCACCACCACCCACUAGGCCUCCUACGUAUGCACCUCCACCAACUAGACCUCCACCACCUCCAACCAGGCCUCCUACGUAUGCACCUCCACCAACUAGACCUCCACCACCUUCAACCAGGACUCCUAUUUAUAUACCGCCAACAAGACCUCCACCACCUCCAACCAGACCUUCUACUUAUGCACCGCCACCAACAACUACUCGACCUUUUACAACACAAUUUACUACUCAAAGAUAUACCCCAUCUACGCAACCACCUAGCUAUCUUCCACCGGUAACUUCCACGAGAUUUACUACGCAACCUACUACGCGAUUUACCACGAGAUAUACUACACAACCUACUACAAGACUCACUACAGGAUUUACUACGCAACCUCCUACGCAAUUCACUACUCAACCUACUACACGAUUUACCACGAGAUAUACUACACAACCUACUACAAGAUUUACUACAAGAUCUACGCAACCCAGUACUCAACCUUCUAAAACUACAGCUCUUUCUACUACCGUAUACACUACACCUAGUACUACUAGAUUUACUCCAACUAGACCACUACCAUAUCUCCCACCAUCGAGUCCAAGACCAACCUACGUUACGGUAACACCGCCUCCGCCACCUACGCCAAUUUAUAGCCGUACACCUAGCACGCCAACAGAACCACCACCAACUGGUUCUCCAGCACCACCGCCAACUUUACCGCCUACAACUGCAAAGAACAUAGGCUAUAAUUAUCCGAUUCCUGAUAUUCCCUUUGAAACUCGAUGAAAGAGAGAAAGAAAGAGAGAGAAACAGAAAGCAAGAGAGUCAGUGACGCGGGCGACUUGACUUUCUUUGUCAAGCAAAGAAGUUGCGAAGUUUUAAUAUUUGCUAGUAUACACGCAUAAUAUUAAAAAAAAAGUAUUUAAAGAUAAAUGAUCGCUGAGUCGCUUGCCGAACAUUUAGAGUAUUGUCUUUUUUUUUUUUAUCAAUCACUUACUGCAUUUUUCUCGAACAAGAAUUUAGACCAUCACAGAAUUUUUAUGUAUAAGUGCGGAAAGGAAUAAAAACUUUGUAUAAAAAUA